AAUAAUCGGAAUUCAAACAUGUGUGCCUGAAGUCGUGUUGUAUUUGUUUUUGUUUUUGUUUUCAUACUCGUUCGGUCGGUUGUAUCGUGUUUGUAAACUAGGUUUAUGUUAUUCAUUUAUCUUCAACGUAUAUAAAAUCCUGAUUAUGUUUGAUGUUUAGAUGUGCUUCUAAAAUUUAUUUUUAAUAUUAUUUUGAAAGGAAAAAGAAAUGGCAAAUUAUAAAGCUCGUGUUCAACUUUUCAGAGAACUGUUUGAUAAAGAAACCAUUCCUAUAACAGAACUACAAACAUUAUGCUUUAAUGGUAUACCUGAUGAUUCAGGAUUUCGUAGUAAAUGUUGGAAAAUUUUGUUGAAUUAUUUACCUGCUCAGACAUCUGAGUGGCCUGCUGUCCUUUUAAAGCAAAGGAAUUUGUAUGAACGGUUUAUUGAAGAAAUGAUAGUCACUCCCGGUACCAUAAGCAAAUCAGGCUCUCGGGUUGAUGUUACAUUGGACGAUCAUCCAUUAAACCCAAAUCCUGAUGGAAAAUGGGUUGCAUAUUUUAAAGACAAUGAAGUAUUGCUACAGAUAAAUAAAGAUGUCAGGAGAUUGUGUCCUGAUAUUUCAUUUUUUCAACAACCCACUGAUUAUCCAUGUGAAAUCACCAUGAACAGAAAAGAAGUGGAAUCUUUGAGAGAUAGAGUACAGCAAACUGUCAUUCGAUCUGCAAAUGUUACCAGAAACCGAUCUGGUAUUACAAAUGUAUCUUUAUUUAAGAAAAGAGCCCAAGAAGAAUAUCAACAUUUAGCUCCAGGGCAAGAAGCUCAUUGGGAAGUUGUGGAAAGAAUUCUUUUUAUAUAUGCCAAACUUAAUCCUGGUCAAAGUUAUGUGCAGGGAAUGAAUGAAAUAAUUGGUCCAAUUUACUAUACAUUUGCAUCUGAUCCUGAUGUUGAAUGGAGAAAAUAUGCUGAAGCUGAUACAUUUUUCUGUUUCACAAACCUGAUGUCUGAAAUCCGAGACUUCUUCAUCAAAACUUUAGAUCAUUCUGCAACUGGAAUCGGUGCCAUGAUGAAACGCCUUAUGGAUAUGGUAGAAGAGCAUGAUUUUAAUAUCUGGCAGCGUCUCCAGAUGCAAGAUAUAAAGCCCCAAUAUUUCUGCUUCAGGUGGAUUACACUACUUCUAUCGCAAGAAUUUCCUCUACCUGAUGUUAUAAGAGUAUGGGAUUCAUUGUUUGCAGAUAAAAACAGAUUUGAGUUUCUUUUAUGUGUUUGCUGUGCCAUGAUCAUUUGGUUGAGAGACAAAAUAAUGCAUAAUGAUUUCCCAUCAAAUAUGAAGUUACUUCAGAAUUUUCCAAAUGUUGAUAUUCAUUGUCUCCUUGAAAAGGCGGUUGAAUUGCAGCGGUGACAUCCAUGAAGUGUAUUAUUCAGAUAUCAUUCCGGCCAUAUAAAUGUGUGUACAGAAAAAUUGGCAUUGUACUUGCAUAUAUUUAUGGAACUUUACUGAAUCAUCAUAGAGUACUUCGAUGUGUUAAUUUUUGGUUUGAGAUAUUUUUAUAUUAAAAUGCAAAAUAUUGUACUUAUAUGUACAUUGUGAUGCAGAUAUACAGUUAAUUAAAGCAAUAUUUGUAAAAAUAAAAUCAAGAUGAUUAUGGUUGUUAUAUUGACCUUUUAAAUAUAAUGUUUUAAAUUUUGUUUUUGUUGAAUAAUGUGUAAUGGCAGAUUUAUUGUAAUGUUGCAUUUUACAUGUAUAUAAAAAUGAUCAAUCAUUUCAGUACAAAGAAAAUUGUAGAAAAACAGUUUGAUGUACCACCUAAUAAAUUAUUUUGAAUUGUGA